CAUAAGCUGUAGACCGCAUAUUAAAAAAAAAGAAAAGUGUCACAUUUUGCAUUGACGAGGAAAAGAAAAAAGUAAAUUAGGUGUUUUAAUAUAGAAAAACAGAAAUAUUUGUUAAACAAUUUCAUAAGAAUACAAAACUUAAAUCAUGCCAGACGAAGUUCAACAAACAUUUGUACGUAGCUUUAUUGACUACUUGAAGAAACAAAUCGAUGGCCAGGCCUUUACGCCUGAUGCCCAAGAAAGUUGUGAAGUGGCCAUACAAUGUCUACAGGCAGCCUUUGAUCUGGGCGAAGAAGAGGCCGAACAGCAAUCACAAACCUCGUCAGCGGCCGGAAAUACAAUCGCCGCAUCAGCUACAGAGGGGAAAGCCAAACAAGUUUCGCUCUUUGACCUUUACGAAACGCAUUAUAUGGAAAAGAAUCCCGAAACACUUAAGAUGGCCGAGACUAUUAAGAAUGAAGGCAAUCGUUUGAUGAAGGAUGGCAAAUAUAAUGAAGCAUUAUUGCAAUAUAAUCGCGCCAUUACUUAUGAUCCCAAGAACCCCAUAUUCUAUUGUAAUCGUGCAGCGGCCUACAUACGACUGGGCGAUAAUGAGCGUGCAAUAAUUGAUUGUAAGUCAGCCUUAGUGUAUAACCCCAAUUAUGGCAAAGCCUAUGGUCGCCUAGGCAUUGCCUACUCCAAUUUGGGCAAAUAUGAAGAAGCCCAACAGGCUUAUGCCAAAGCCAUUGAAUUGGAACCAGAAAAUCAAGAUUAUCACAACAACUUGGAGGUGGCUCGUAACGCUCGCAAUCAUGCCCAGACCGGCAUGAUACCCCAAUUGACAGAGGGUCUUAAUGCCAUGCUUACGAAUCCUGCCAUACGUAAUUUGUUUAGCACUGCUGACAUUGAUUUGGAAUCCCUGCAAUCAAUGUCCCAAAAUCCAGCAGUUAUGAACGCCAUUGGUCAGAUGUUCUCUGGCAUGCAAGGAGGUGGUGGCGGUAUGCCAGAUGGUGGUGCAGUACCACCCAUGCCCAACGAUAUGUUGCAGCUAUUCCAGGGCUUUGCUCAGCAACUAUCAAGUGCCUCCUCCGCCGGUGCUAAUCAACCCGACACUAAUCCACCACCCUCAAACCCUGAUCAAAAACAACCUCCUUCCAACUAAAUCCGGAAGCAUUUUACAUUUCGUUCCGUACAGUUUGGGCAACGAAGUGAAUGAUGGACGACAAACAUUUUUAAAGAAAAAUUAAGAUAAUUUUUUGUAUUGUAUCACUGUAUUCAAACUUAGUUUACUUGAUUUUUCGAAUAUAUAAUUUUUUUUAUUUUAACUUAAUUUGGAAUUUAAAACUUAUAUAAUAGCGAGUGUUUUAGUAUUUACAAUAAUUUAAUCUAAUACUGUUUGAAAACUACUGCGGUAGAAUUAUAUAAUAUACAUUUAAAUAAAUAAAAAAUAAUGUAAAAAGGCUUCUUAUGUGUGUAUACACAACAUAUUAACGCUUUAAUUAAAUCAUAAUUAAAA